AUGUUGCAUCCUCUUCUUUGGGGAUACGGCAAGGACAAUGGACCAGAUACCUGGCAUAAGCUCUUCCCUAUUGCCAAGGGAAGGCGUCAGUCCCCUAUUGACAUUCAGCUCUGGAAUACGAAGUUUGACAGUUCCCUGAAGCCUCUGAAUUUUAACUACGAUCCCUCAACAGCUCGAGGGAUUGUCAACAAAGGCUACUCUUUCAAUGUAGAGUUCGAUGAUUCUACUGACAAAUCGGUGCUAAGUGGAGGGCCUCUAACUGAAAAAUAUAGGUUGGCUCACUUCAAUUUUCACUGGGGUUCUAGGGAUGAUCAAGGCUCUGAGCACAGUGUGGAUGAACUGAAAUAUGCAGCUGAGCUCCACUUGGUUCACUGGAAUACAAAAUACAAGACAUUCUGUGAUGCAAUGCACCAUCCUGAUGGACUAGCUGUAGUGGGUGUUUUCUUGACGGUGGGAAGUGCUCAGCCUGAGCUACAGAAAGUCAUUGAUGCAUUUGAUUCCAUUAAAAAAAGAAAUAUGUAUGCUGUCUUUACAAACUUCAAUCCAGCUGGUCUCCUUCCUAACAAUCACGACUUUUGGACUUAUGCAGGCUCACUCACCAUUCCCCCUCUUUCAGAAUGUGUGAUUUGGAUUGUCUUACAUGAACCCAUCAAUAUCAGCAAAGAACAGCUAUCAAAAUUUCGAAGUCUUUACUCCACUACUAAGGGAGAACAUCCCAAGCAGCAUAUGAUGGAAAACUGGCGCCCAUGUCAGCCUCUGGAGGGCAGGCAGAUUAGAAGGUUCUUAAAAUAA